GUGCCGAUAGCGAUCCGUGCGAGGAUAUAAUUAUCUGUUCGCCGAUAUGCAGAUCACUCUGUCCGCACACAGGACCUCCACGCCCACGUCGUCAGGCCCUGUAACCGGUUCGCCUGCGAUGCCACGGCCUGCUGGCCCUGGCGGAGUUGCAAGCAGAAACCGCUUCUCGUCCCCAAACCGUGUUCCGAAUCAGUCACUUCGAAAGACCGCUUCUGCCCCAACGCUUGUCCCAUGCCGCGCGGAGCCCGAAACGACCGAAUUACCUCCCAGCCCAGGAGCACCGCUGGUUUCAAUCACGGCUGACCCUGACCCGGUGCUCACAGUUCCGUCUUCAGGUAUGGAUCGCCGCCUUCCAGACCCACAACUCUUCUAACCGUCGAUCAAAUGGCGACAGCUCAAACGAUGGUUCGGGCACAGAGCAAUUGUUGGACGAUCAACUCGCUUCAAAUAGCACUACCCCAGCAAGAAACCGAAAAAGACGAAGCUCUCCCCAGCCGGUCACAAGCAAAACGUCAAAGGCAGGAAAAUAGAAGGCGCGGCUGUCAUUAACGUUAGAUCCUGAAGACAGCACCUUUCCUUACCCUUCCAGCGUGCAUCAAUCGCCUUGCAUGCGAUGUAGUGCGAUGAUAUCGAGCCUGCAAAGCCUAGCGGUUGCAAGAAGCUCAGCCCGUUCCUCCAGGCUCCUUUGGCGGGCCGCUUACGGCACGAUCCCCCUGUACCUGGGGUUUGGGAUCAGAGGGAGUCAUUGGUUGUAAAUAGCUUCACUCUCUCCUUUUUGGAGGUUUUUUUCUGGCGUGUGUUGGCUCGGCUAGGGAAGGGGGGG